GGUAGAUGGAGGGAGCUAUAUAUACUGUUGUUUUGUUGUAAAACCAUUUUCCCGCCAUCUAUUUCACAUUUUCACUCUCUCUCCUCUCUCAUGGUGAGAACUAGAACCGCUGCAAAACCCGCCGCGCCAUCUCCAAAUGCGGCGGCACCGGAAAACGCCGAUAACCUCGAAGUAAUUUCAAUCGGUUCACUCUACAACGGACCUUGGGACAAGAAGUAUUGGAGCAGUUCUAGGGGAAAAGAUCGAUACCCAUAUCCAGUUGGCUACCAGGCUGUUAGAGCUCAUAAUGGUACUACUUAUAAGAUGGAAAUACUUGAAGGCGAUAAUGGGCCUAAAUUUUUGAUUUCUUCUGAUGAUGGAAAUUCAGCUACUGGAAAAACUCCAGACUCUGCGUGGGAGGAAUUUCAGAAGAAAGGUUACAACCGCAUGAAGAUUUGGCAUGGGAAGAGACUUUCAUCUAAGAUGUAUGGCUUGGAGCUUUUUGGGUUCAAAAACCAGUUUAUUCAGAGGUUGCUUCGUGAACUAGUGUCAGAUAUAAAUGGAAUAGUAGAUCGGAGCUUAGUAUCCUCCAACCUCUGUAAUGAAGUUUCUAAAACACAGCAUGAUGAUUGCCACCCUAAUGUAGGCACCAGUUCUGAUUUAUUACUUUCCCAGAAAAGACCGGGUGUUACAAGGAAGAGAACUAGAUGUGAACUUAAAAAUAAAGAGUCAAAUGUCAGAUCUAGACCUCAAUCUCUAGAACUUGCAUGCAGUAAAGCUUCAGAUGCAAAGAAUGAGACAACAGUUGGUCAAGGGAGUACUACCAGCAACAAUGGUUCAGAAGACAAGGACGCCACUUAUAAUCAAAUAGAUGUAUCAUCUACGCUACCAAUAAUGUCAUCUGUUGGUAAAAUAACGAAUUGCAUUUCAUCCCAAAAUGGGCUCCUAUUGAAUCCUAUUGACAUCUCUGAGGACAAAAAAGGGGGAGCUGUACCUGCAGAGAGUCCGACAGGGUUUAUUGACUCUGCAAAUAAAAAAACUACAGAAAGAACUGAAAACUUGUCUACAGAAAAACUUCUUCAUAGGUCACAUGAUGUGGAGAUGAAAAUGUCAAAUUUGUCGGUAACUGCAGAAGAUGACAUAGUGAUGCAGUCACGUUCUAAAGAGUCUCAGGGUUGUAUUGGCAUUGAUCUUUGGGCUCCUGAUUCGGUAGAUUUACAAGAAAAUAUAUCUGAUUCUGCACCAAGCAAUCUGGUUAAGAAUACUGACAGUAAACCAGCAUGUGAGGUCACCUCUGAAGAUUUGUUAAAUUCAAAACAUGAGGAAAUGCUUAGAUCUGAUUCAAAUCCAAGCUCUGAAAAAAAUCAUUUCAAUUCAGCUGGCCAGGAUGUGGCAAAGUCAAUGAUGUCACUUCUGCUACCACAAGCAGUUCCCUUACUGAGGAAUGUCUCAACAGAUGAGAAGUUAACUCUUAUCCCUUCAGAUAUAUUACCUUCUAUGGCAACAAAUUCCAAGGACGAACAAAAUGAAGUUGGAUGUGUUUUGGAUGUACCAUCAUGUGAUAAAAUGGUAACAACGGAUGCAUAUGGGGAACAAGGUGAAAAGACACACAAGCCAAAUACUUACCCACAUUCAAAUUCUUCUAAUACUGACCAUAUGAAGUCUAUUGUUCCUGAUAGUUUUGAGUAUACUCAAUUUGAGGAUCUCAAAAACUCAGAAUUUUUAUCUUUUGAUAUUGCGGAAGUUGGUAGGUCUAGUUUGAGUAUAGAAAUGUGUUGUCCGAAAAGUCAAGAACAGCAUCCUGGUGAUUUGCCAAAUGGACCGUCAACAUGCUGUGCUUCAGAGUUAGACUUUAAAAACAGGCCUCCUGGUUAUGAUGUAUGUGUUCCUGAUUCUGUUCUGGAUGACAUGUCUCCUCCUGAUGUAUGCAUUCCUGAUUCUGUUCUGGGUGACAUGCCUCUGGUGCAUGAUAGUUUCAAUUCAGGGAAAAAUGACCUGUCAGCUGCCCAGGAUUUUACUGAAGGUAUUAGUAAUGCAAUCUCAGGGGUUAAAUCAAAGAUUUGUCAUUUAAAAAGCAUGGAAACCCUUCCAGAAAAGACACAAGAUGAAGCUGUUGGUAAAACAAGCAAUACUAAAAUAAUGAUGACGUCUUCUUCUCAGUCACCAAAAAUGAUGACGUCUUCUUCUCAGUCACCAAAUUUUGUAUACACCAGAAGAAAGAGGCGGAAUUCUGUUAGCAUCCAAGAAAACUGUUCUGCUGUGGAGAGUAAUGAAUGUGAGAAGAUUAAACUAGUUACUUCUCAAAUGCGUACUGCCAAAGACACUGUUCCCCCCUCAAAAACCAUUGAAACAAAAAAUGAUAAACUAUGUGAACCAGAUGAUUCUGCAGGUUUAAUAUCAGGAAUAUCUCAAGCUCAUAGUGAAGUUCCAGAUGUACAAAGCAACCUAGCGGAACUAAACCCUUCGUCUCAGAAUCCAAACCCAUUUUCCUGUGAAAACAAGUGCUCUGGUGACAAGGAGGCUCAGUUAUUCUCAGAACCAAUGGUCCAAAGAAACCAGGAACUCAAGAAUAAUCUGAACAGCAAUGUAAAGUUUGUGGGGAGCUACAUGCACCCAAUGCCUGUUUCGUCGUUACUUCUAAGAACAAGAGAGGAUGAAAUCCACAUUUGUGUUUUAUGUGGCCUUCUGACGGAACAGCACAGAACCCUGUUUACCUACAAGGUAGCUAUCAAGGAACCAAAUUUUGGUUGCCCCUCUGUCAUGGCUCACACCCCGGUAAUGUUGCCAGAUCCAAAAUAUAACUUCAUGAGAGAAAAUAUGUUGGAAAGAACUGGGGUGGACUUGACUCCUGAUGGACGCUAUAUUGUCUUAAUAGGAAGCAUUAAAACCCCCAAUUGCAGGGAAGGAAAAACUGAUUGCUGUUGCUCAACAUGCACAUCAGUCUGCUCCAAGAAGAAUGCUUUGAAGAUUGUUCAUGUAGAAAGUGGCUCUGCAUCAGUUAUGGCAACACUGGAAGCUGUUGAAGAUUUACAUUGUAUAUUGGUUUGUGAACCUAACCAACUUGUUUCUGUUGGAGAGAGUGGAAGACUACAAGUGUGGGUCAUGAAUUCAACAUGGAGUGAAAAGAUAGAGUACUCCAUCAUUCCGCCUGAUGGUUCCAUGUCCCCUGGCAUUGUGGAAUUGAAGAAGGUUCCAAACUGUGCUCAUUUGGUUGUAAGCCGAAACAUUUAUGGGGACUUUAGUUUGUGGGAUAUUACGAAGCUCAAUUGUGUUUCAAGCUUCUCUGCUUCAGAAUAUCUAAUUAAUGAGUUCUUUCCAAUAAGCUUGUUGCAUUUGCAAACAAAAGGCUUAGGAUUGAGCUAUGCUAGUGUUGAGGAGAAGGCUGAAAAACUUUUAGAAGCAACCAAUUUGUGGCACUCAGAGAAAAGAGAGACCUGUGUGUAUCUACUACCAACUGAUGAUGUUGCUAUGUGGUUUCUUGUCUCGACUCCCUCAGACGUUGAUUGUUGCCAGAAUCAUGUUUCAUCUUCAAAUCAUCAUGAUGUUCAUACAGCUAGAAGUUGGAGGCUUGCUCUACUGGUGAAAAAUAGCAUAAUUUUUGGAAGUCCCUUGGAUCCUAGGACUACUACUGUUGGUGUCUCAGGUGGUUAUGGAAUCACCAGCACAAGUGACGGUGUGGUAUAUAUGUGGAAAUUGUCUACAGGGUCCAAGCUUGAUACUCUGCACCAUUUUCAAGAUGGCACUGCCACAAGUCUUGCUACGGAUGAUUUAAAUUCAAAUUCGAGAAGUGCUAUCGGAGUCGUUGAUGAUGGAGGCCAACUGCUGCUUUAUCUGCAUCUUCGUGAAUGGGACUCAAAUGAGUAGACGAUGAUAGUGGUAUUUUCUCAUUGAUCUAGUCUUAACUUUGUAUAGAAAUUGUCAUAGUUAAUGCACUUGGUGGUCUAAAAGGAAAAUGCCAGAUAUAGCGAUACAUUUUUACCCGAAUCAUUCACGAAGAAAUGUAACUGAUCAAUUAACACUAGUAGUCCACUACUACUUGACUGUACAUAUUUUGUCCUUUGUCAAUAUAAGUAUUCGGGAGUUAUCUCCCUAACCAUUUGAGAGGUAUUUA